UGUUGAGCAAUUGAAGCCAAAUUUGUUUAACUGGGCUUAUAAACUGGAAUAUUGGACUUACAUAUUCCAAUUUGAAUUAUUUGAACUUAUCAAUUACAAGGAUUAUGAAGUUGCACAACAUUGGUGA